UGAAUCGUCGCGGCGUUGGUCAGACGUCUCGGAAGUCACCUUCGGCGGUUUCGAGGGUUUCAAGACACUGGAUUCAGCCGUGAAAGUGUCUCUGACUUUAUGUUGAGUUCCACAUUGUCGCAAUUCGUGUCUGAUUUAUCAGUCAUGAGGAAGAGUGUCCAAGGGCAGAAGAGUGCCAGUGAGUGCCGAAAAUAGGACGCCAAGAAUCGGGAGUGAUGACUCGCGUGUGACUUUGCUGAUCUCCCGAAAGACGGUCUCAAUAUUGGGCCUCAGCUCAAACGAUGAUCGUCAUGGACGGAAUAAAUCGUGCGACACAAUGUUUCAACGGAAAAAGAUCAGCCGAGUGAGUGUAGAAUUUCAAGGGGAGCCGAUUUCGCGAUUUUCCUCGCCGCAUCUCGCGUGUGUGUGCUCCGCAAUCAAUGGAUGGAUAACGCGUAGACAUGCGGGAGAGCGUGUGAAGUGAUAAGGAACAAUGUAGAGAGAUAUCUACAUUUCGAGACAGUUCUUUUUCGUUUCCUUUAAUUUCCGCCACGGACCUUCCGUUGGCGCAGCCUCGCUUGUCUCCUUGACGGUGAAAGUGCCACAUCGACGCAACAGCAAAGAGACUCCUCAAGGGCCAAUCGCAGUCUCUUCGGGUGGCGUGGGACUCGCUCCGGAUCUCAGGGGCCCCCCGCGAUGGCCGCCUCGUCGGGAAUUCUGCGAGACUCCUGCCAUCCCAGCCUCAACGAAGCUCUUAAGUCUCACAACAGCGUCACCUUUAAACUCGUUAAGACCGUGUCAGACUUUACGGAAUCUCUAGCUCAAGUGUAUGAACAACAUGCUGAAGCUCUGCAAGUGCUCGUCUCGAAUUACCGAAAGAAAAACAGCGAGCUGCGAAAGGAACGUCCUGCCUGCCACUCGACCCUGUUCCAUGCCUGGGAGACGCUUUUGCAGGAGAUUGAAGCGGAUUCUCAGUCCACUAGCGACGUGGCGAACGCCCUAUCACGACAGGUUGCUCGACCAUUGCUGGAGAGGUCGUUUCACAGGAAAGUGCAGAGCAGAAAGAUCUUCACUCACCGUGAGUCAUUUGACACAAUUAUUGCAAAGACUGAGGAAAAAUUAUCAAAAUGCCGAAUGGAUUACAAACAGAGCUAUAUGGCUCACCGUUCGAAUCCCACACAACAUUCUCUGACUCUCUACAUCGACUCGCACAAUGCUUACGUGCAACAGUUGCAUGCAACCAACGCAAUGCUGGAGGCUUACCACUGCGAAACUCUGCCCCAACUGCUGCUGGAGCUGGAAGACAUCUACAACGAUCUCUGCGCCACGAUCUCCGAGGCUGUCCUCCAAGGAGCCGAAGCCAUCUCAAUGAAGGCAAUCGAGCAGGCAAAGAGAUACGAUGGGCUGUCGAACCAGUGCAAGUCGGUGUCUGGACCACAGGAUUUGGGUCACUUCACGCGAGUCCUGCCGCUCCCAGCAAAUCCCUCGAAAGUUCCUAGGAAAGCCUUCGCCCCGCCCCAACCCGCGCCCGGACCCGAAGCUGAGGAUAUUCCGGAGUACGAUGAAAACCUCCCUCCGUCUUUGCGUAAUGAAUUGGUCGUGGAACGAGGCGCCUCCAUUCAGGUUCGACCCUCACUGGAGGCUCUCAAACGGGAAGCCGCCGACUUGGAGAUGCAAAUUAGACAACUUCAGGAUUCAGUAGAUGCUCUAGUUCGUAACCAGUUGCGUGGUCUCGAGAGUCAACUUUACAACAAAGCCAAUGAAUUGCAAGAGGACAUUUCGAUGAAAAAGUUUGACCUCAGGGCCAAGCAAAUACAUCUUGCCGCUGUUAGGGCUCAGAGAGAACUUUUCUUGGCCAGAGUUGAACCCGGAUCACCUCGAGGCGAGCGAAAAUUGUCCGUUUCGAGUUCUUCUUCUAUGAAGACAAAGUGGCUGAAGGCAUUCAGGAGUCUGAAACCCGCUUCCGGAUCAGCAGUAAACGAAAAAUCGAAUCAAAUGUAUCACGCAGUGUCAACAGUUUUGACGAUGAGGAAGAAUGGAGCGGCGGCGGCGCCAGAGAGGAUCCGCGUCGGGGAUGGAGACACCCACAAUUUGCAAGAGUACACCUAUAAGAAGAUAACACCGUGCGAUGUUUGUUCUCAAGUACUCAGAGGACACACUCGCCAGGGACUUCGGUGUCGGAUCUGCAAGAUGAAUGCUCACGCGGAUUGUGCGUCGCAGCUUCCCAAAUGCCAAGUCAAGCAGAAACUACUGAGACGACAGAAGAGCACCUCAGAGAUUGAGAACAGGGUUGAAGUGGAGGAAGAAAAGCCCAAUGAGAUAGACCAAAUCUAUCAGGUAUUGAAACAGGCGGGGGAGAUCUCGAACAAGGGCAGCGAGAAAACGGGCAAUGGCGGAGCCGCAGCGCCGCCGGACAUUGUUAUCAAGGCGCCCGAGUGUCCAGAGCGCUCAGCACUGCGACGCGCGCCGCCCAAGCCAGCGCCCCCGACCGGAGCGCCGCAGCAGCGCCAGGGCCUCGUGGCCCCACUGGCCGAUGUCUCGAGCUCAGCAGCCCCUCAUUCGCCGCGACGCCAGAAAUUGAAUUUGCGAAUGAAGUCGCUGAGCUUGGACUCGCCAGAGUCCUCCGAACUCCAUGGCCAGAUGAGACGACGAGGUGGUCACGCGGGACCGUCGAGCUCAAACUAUCACGGAGGAUCAGGAGGCGCCUUGGAGCACAGCACGCCCCCGUCGAACAACAGUCGCCUGCACUCUCCAUCGAGUCCAUCGCAGCAGCAGCGAAAGCUUCUGUACGCCAACCGAGGACUCCGCACAGGAUCAGUGGACUUGCCAGACGACGUGGAGAAGAGCCUGUCGUCGGCCAGCACCUCACCUUGUCCAUCUCCCGUAAGGCAGAAUCAGAAACCUCAUCGUUUGCUGCCGACGAACCUCUAUGUUGUGCUGUACAACUUCAAAGCGCGCCAUCAGGAUGAACUCGACCUCAAAGCUGGCUACAAGGUGACGGUAAUUGACACGUCAGACACCGACUGGUGGAAGGGAAAAUGCCUGGGGCGCGUUGGAUACUUCCCAUCAAAGUACUGCACAAGACUGGCUGCUGGCGAGAAGCCUCUGCAGGUCACCCACAAUCUACAAGUCAGUGACGGCGAGCGUGGCGACAGCGGAAUGACUUUGCUGCGAGACCAGAUAGUUAUUCAGGUCGGCGAGGAAGUGGGCGGCAUGGUCAUGGUGCGCUCAGCCGAGAAUCGCCAGGGUGUGUGUCCGGUGAAGUAUCUGCAGGAAGUGUGACAGCCAGAGCCUGUGAAGCCGGA